AUGUCGCCCACAGAAAGCUUGACCACCGUGCUUCUCCCAAUACCGUACAAAGCCCCUGAGCGCCAAAAGAUGCCGAAUGCUUGCGACCACUGCCGGCAGCGCAAGUUGCGCUGCGACGGGAGCACCCCCUCUUGUAGCAAUUGUGCUCUCUACGAGAAGCCCUGCCAUUACGUGCAGGGCAGGAACAAAUCCGGGCCUCCUAAAGGUUUCAAGCGCAAGAAGUCCGACGCCGAUUCCGUGGACGAGGCACCGAGGCAGCGACGUCACUUGUCCACUCCCUCCCCGACGCUGAUGGCUUCUUCGUGUCACCAAUCAUCAUCUAGGCCUACUCAGGUGCCUCUUGUUCUCCGAACCGGAGAGAGCACGGAUACCACGGUGUCCACGAGAGACAUCUCGCCUGCGUCAGACAGCUCGUCUCACUCACAUACUCUCUCGCCCUCUUCACACUGGAUCACGCCCGUCACUAUGCCUUCCUCAGGAACCGCAGAAUGUUCAUAUUCAUCAUAUUACCCCAAUCAGAUGCCCGAGUCGUUCGACGACGUCACUCUGACGGUGGAUCCCAUCUUCGCCAGCAUUCUAUCAAGUCCCAAAGCUCUUCUUGAGAAUCCCUUCGCGCAGAUGAACUACACCCCCGUAGUCUUCGAUAACAUGCAGUCAGCGUUAUCUAUCCCACCACAGCUUACAGCCCCGAAUCUUGUCUCCCAAUCAUAUCAAUCACCAGCACAGCACCGACCACCAGUCCUUGCGAUGCCACCAAGUAUCCCGGUUUUGCCUGGCCUACUAGCCGCACACGCUUUCGUACCUCUAUUUCCGCUUCCAUACCUUCAACAGGUUAUCGCAGCUUGCGCCGUUAGCAAGUCCACCUCUAUCCAUGCCUCAUUCUUCAUGAACGCCCUCGAGGCGUUAUCUACCGUCACUAUUCUCACCCCUUCCGAAGCGCCAGAACCGUGCCAAGCUUAUCUCGCCGCCCAAAAUCAAGCCAUGCCCGCCUAUUUCGCAGUCCUCUCCGAGCAGGCUUCCUCCUCCUCUUCUUCUCCAAACGGAUCAUCCGUUUAUUCGUCUCCCCAAGAUUCCACAACGUACCCCACUCAAUUGGGCGUGCUCAUAGACGAUACGACCCUCACGACGGCCGCGAUGCUCUACCUGACCGCGCGCUCCGUCUUUUCUUCCUCAUCUCCGACGAAAGAGUCCGCGACCUGGCUACGCCUCGCGCGCGACAUGGUCGAAGCCCCCUCUUUUCCCGCUUCCCGCAAGCGGUGGUUUGCACGCGUCGGCUGGCUCUGGGGGCGCGGCAUCGUCGGGCUCGGGCUCUCCUGCUCGCAGAUCGGCGUCGGUGUGGCAGGCAUCCCCGCUGCGACUGAGGGUGUCACAGACGAUGGCAAAAUGGACACCUUUCAAACGGAGUUCGAUGGCCUAGUGAGCUUGGUGCUGGACCUCGAGAGCCUGCUCGCAGAAGCGAAGACUCAGGUCGCUGACCAACGGCCGGAUGUAGGACAGCUCGCGAUGUAUGUGGAUGUCCCGCUGUGCCUGCGUGUGCGCGAGUGGAUGCAGACGAGUCCGCUUGCACAGGAGGCGUUGUUGCAGUACGCGAAGGGGACGGAGAUGGGUGCGCGUUCGGAGUCGGGCGGUGGGGAGGACGAAGUAUGCGUACGGGAGACGAUCGGUCGGGUGCUGCACCUGAUCUACUACGGGAUGGCGGUAAAGUUCGACUAUCAGGACCCUGCGCGGUGCUCACUGCGCAAGACGUCGAUGCACGUCGCGGUGACGCGCAUUGUCGAUGCGGCGGACUGGCUUAUCUCCUCACAGCGGACAUGGCUCUGGGCUUUCGCGGAGCCGGCACUCCUUAUCGCGCGCGACUAUCUCUUCGACCGCUGUGGGAUUCCGCCCUCGUCCGUCUGGUCGUCCCCUUCCGCCUCCGAGGUAAUCCUCUCCUCCGCCUCCUCAUACGUCUCCGCAAUCAACUCCGCCAACCCCCUGGGCUCAUCCUCCCAAAUCACACCACCCACCGCCUCCACCGUACCACACCCCUGCUCGGAUACAGGCGCGAACUCGUCUGCAACAGCGUUCGGGUACGUGUCGUCCUCGUCCGCUGCUCCCGGCGCCUCCCCACCUCCGCCACCUCUUAAGGUGUGCCCGAGCGACCUUACGCUCCUCACACUCAUUCAGGAGGUGCUCUUGGACGCAUCAAAGCGGCUAGCCCCUGCGUACCGCGUCACGGCCGCGGGGGCCGCGGGGGAGAUCGCGUGGGUGCUCGAGACAUGUGCGGCCGCCCAGGUUGGUGAGCGCGAAGGUGCGUGCGAGGAGUGGGCCGGGGACGGCGUGGGUGCGGGUACCGGCGUGGGGGUAGGGGAGAUGUAUACGAUGGCGGGCCAGGGGCCGUCGUCAUCGACGGUGGAGGUCUUCUGA